AGCCCACCACCUUUCUUCUCUCUCCGUAAAUAUCCAAAAGGGCGAGAAGGAAGAAAAGGGUAUUUGGAUUCAUCUCUUCAAUCUCUCUCUCUCUCUCAAGACUCAAAGAGAAAGAUCGAUUCUUUACUGCCUUUUCUCCUCCUUUCUUUCAGAUUCUCUUUCUUUCUCAAGUUUUCUCAGUUGGGUUUCUGCCUUUUUGCCUUUCUUGAUUGAUUUUGUUUGUGGGUUUUCAGUCUCUGGGGUUUUAUAGAGGUUUUAGGCCUUGAACUUUCACAAGGAGCUUCAUUUCUUCAAAUUCGAAUAUCUGUUUAUCUUCUAUUCCUAAAAUUCUCGUCUGGGUCUUUGAAUUUUCUCCCCUUUUUUCUGAUUUCUGGAAAAUCUGAUGGGUGGUUGUAGAUUUUCUGUUUGAGCGGCCAGAUCUUUCUUUUUCUUUUUUAUUUUUAUCAUUUUGAUGAUUUUCAAAGGUGGGUCUUUUAUAGAUUCCUCAGCUGAUGCUCAUACAAAAGGGGUAUUCGGAUUCUCUGCAAAUGCUCCUUGAUUUUAUUCUCGUUUCUCCCUUGUAAAAACCACCCAAAUCUCUGCAUUUCUUAUCUGGGCUUUCCCUGUUUUUACCUUCCUUUCCCAAUCCGAAAUCGCCAGCUAGUCCGAUCGGAAUUUAAAUUACCAAACUCCUAUGAAUCUAGAUAUGUUCCUGAAUUCCUACGGGCGGGGAAUGGCUUCUGAUUUUGAAAUCAUGAAGUUGGGUAUGGAAUUUCUGUCGCCGACUUCUUACCUUCCUUACUCGAAUUGGCUCAUUGAUGAGAGCAACAGCAGCUGCGCGAAUUGGACCUCCGAAGAAAACAAGCUGUUCGAAGAAGCUCUUGCAAUCUUUGACAAGGAGACGCAUGAUCGGUGGCAGAAGAUCGCCGCCAGGAUCCCGGGCAAGACCGUGCACGAAGUCAAGAAGCAUUACAAGGAUUUGGAAGACGAUGUUAGCGUUAUCGAAGCUGGAUUGAUCCCGAUCCCAGGUUAUACAUCCUCCUUUACGUUGGAAUUGGUGAAUAACCGAGGAUUCGACGGAUUGAAACCGCAGUAUGCUGCAGGUGCGAAGAGGUCGGCAGGCCGGCCUGACCAGGAAAGGAAGAAGGGAGUUCCAUGGACAGAAGAAGAGCACAGGCAGUUUUUGCGGGGUCUUCAGAAGUACGGGAAAGGGGAUUGGAGAAACAUCUCUCGGAAUUUCGUGAUCACGAAGACCCCAACUCAGGUGGCCAGCCAUGCUCAGAAGUUCUUCAUCCGGCAGUGUUCGGGAGGCAAAGAUAAGAGGAGAUCAAGCAUCCACGACAUCACGACCGCCAGUCUCACUGACAAUAGACCUCCUUCGCCAUCUCAAUCUCCUGCUCUUUCUGUACCACAUGGCUCGACUGGCGCGACUAAGACACCAGAUCAGUUCUCAGUAUUAUUCGAUUCAAAUCCACCCAACAAAGGGGCAACUGUUUUCAGCCCAACAGCAUCUCAAGCAUGCGGGAAUUUUUUCUUGCCGCAUCAUUAUGGGAUAACUCCGCAUGAAAUGAAAUUGCAGACACAAAGCUUCCACAGAAGCCUCCUUCAAGACCCUCAAUCUGGGCCCCAGAACAUGGUGUUUCAGCUGCAAUCUUCACACCACCACCCUCAUGGAUAAUGGGACAGUGGUUUGAAUUCUUAGAUGGAUCAGAAAUGUCGAAUAGAGUCCGUUCUUUUAGGUUGAUUGAUGCUCUAUCCUUGCUUUUGUCCUAGUCUUUUUAUGUGAAUAUGUCGACGGGGACUUGAGUAGUUCGUACUUCAUAGUUUCCAGACUUCUGAGAGGGGAAUGAAAUUUGAUCUUGCUUGAAUUCCAAACUCUUCUACUCGGAGAUCAAGAAGGGGAGAUUUUAGAAUGAAGGCUUCAUGAUAUUGAAGUUUUCCCAUGAAUUCGAGUUCUCUUUUUGAUCAAACAUGUCAGUAUUGAAGAGGAUUAUGCGGGUGUUGAAAAGAGCAUUUUGCUUUGUAGGCAGAUUUCAAGAUGGGUCUCGCAUCUUAUGUGUAUCUCCAUUUUGUGCUAUAAAUCUCAACUUUCGGCGAAAACAUGGGUUUCCACAAUCUCUCAUUCAACAAAAGAAGUUGGGGUUACAAAGUCAUGGAGAAUGCCCAGACUGAAGAUGGUACUGUUCUUGAGGUAUGCGUCAGAGGCCAGCUCAUCUGUAAUUUCCUUUGGUAGACCGUUGAGAGAGAGAGUAGCAGCUGUGGAUGGGCUUGUUACUAAGUUGUUUAUAUUAGUUAUUUGAACAUCAUCAUACUAUAUUUGAAUUCCAAACAGGCUUGAAUCUUUGGAGCUCUGUCUCA